GCCGGCGCACACCGUGCACUCAGUCAAACUAUUUUUUUAUAUCCCGAACUUUCAUCGAAUGCUUUUCAAACCGUGUGACUUUUCACCUUUGCCAUAUUGACGUUGAGAAAAAAAAAACGCGCGACGUACCUCCAGUGUCAUAGUGCGAAGUUGUAUAACCCGUGUUUUUAAUAUUUCUUGAAAAUGUGUUAUGUAGUAAAGUUUAUGUGACAAGUUGCGGUUAAAGUUCACUAUUCGCGUUCACCUCUGUGGAUGUACUGGAUAUUGGCCGGGAUUCAAAUACUUUAGUGUUUUUUUAUUUAUUAAAACUUGUGUUUCUUGUGGUGUAUGGUAAAAACGAUAGGUAGAAAGAAGACAGCAAAUUAAUUGAUAAUAGAUGAACAGAUAUGACUCCAGACGGAGGGGUAGUGAUGUAACGGACAGGAUGCUCGGCGUCCCCGCGGCGCAGUAUCGACGGACUUUGAAAGAUUAGUGUUGUGCGCGAUAUCGGUAUUCUGAAGAAUCGAUCGAUUUAAACGACUGCCUUACCCGGAUGAACACCCUCAUGCUGACAACAGGAGGAGUAGCCGACGACCAGACUUGCCUCGACAAUAAUAUGUCGUUUUCUUCUUAUAACAUGAUGGACCCGGGCGGAGCGGGCAUAGCGGAGUCCCCCCCGACCUACCACCGGAGCUACGAGCAAUACGUGCAAGGAGGUGUCGAGAACAGCACUGACUCGGUCCAAGACCAGACCAGUCCAGAACUCGUGGUCUGGUCCACACUACCUUACGGCCUGGACUACAGAGCACAGUACGACUACCGUAGUCCGUACGAUACUUCAAGGGAUUACAGCAACCAGCAGUAUGCUCGGGCCCCGUUUACAACGAAAAUGGGGCAAGCUAAAGCGCUGAAGGAAGCGAGGAUUCGAAGGCCAAUGAAUGCUUUCAUGGUGUGGGCGAAGGUGGAAAGGAAGAAGCUAGCCGAUGAGAAUCCAGACCUGCACAACGCGGACUUGAGUAAAAUGUUAGGUAAAAAAUGGCGCUCGCUGACUCCCCAGGACCGACGACCGUUCGUGGAGGAGGCCGAGCGUCUUCGAGUCAUCCACAUGACUGAGCACCCUAACUACAAGUACCGACCUCGGCGGCGGAAGCAGACCAAGACGCGGCCCAACCAGCCGACCACGCCAUCGUCAGCGCCGCCCGCAUCAGCGGCCCUAGGUUCCCCCUACGCCGCCGCCACAGAUUCCCCCGACGCGAGAUUCUCACACAACCCCGGAGCAGGAUUCUCCCCCUACCGCACCUCCCCGCUAGCUUCCGAUUCUUACCAGUCAAACCAGUUCAACGGCCACGUCCAAACCCCCGAGUCUUCUCCGGCGAGGUCCCCAGAACCCCAGGGCAGGAGGAGCGCCCCAGCCGAAGCGCCUCUUCCGACGCCUGACGCUUCUCCCGUAGAGAAUGAAAAAGAGAACUUCCAAUACGAAGAACGACGAAGAGCGAUAAAUGCGUCGUCUCUUUCUGACUCGUACUCACCUUACAAGCCUUACAGGACGCCGGGGUCUUUUUCUCCCGCUCCUGUGGCCGCUAUGGGUAUGGCUAAUGGGAUGUACGUGAUGUGUACUCAGAGGACUCUGGCUGAGCAGCCGCCGCUUGUUACCGGAACGUUCUUCCCUCCGGUCGCGACGUCUCAGGAUCAGCAGGCACUAGGCACGAGCACUCCACGGGUGUCAUCAGCUCCAAGCGGUCCGAUGACGACGGAAUACAGUAUUCAAUACCAUCCAUAUGAGCAAUACGAGCAGAUGUAUAAGACUGAGGAAUCGUACGUGUCCCACUACCCUGAGCAGCCGAAGACGGAGUACGACACCGGCGGGAGCUACUUCUCCGAGGAGCCUCCUCCGAGCCAGCAGCAGCAGGAGUCGGAGCAGUUCAUGAACCAGCGCCCGGAGAUACGGACUGGUUCUCCAGAGUCAGAUGUUGACGCUCGUGAGUUUGAUAAGUAUCUGGAUUAUGGGCAGGAGGGUGGUGCGAUGGAGCAUCAACAGCAGCAGCAGUACAGAUAUGAGCCGCAGCAGUACAGGGCUCCGUACUGCGAGCAGGCGCCGGGGCCUGAGUACUGCGAGAGGAUGUACCCCUCUCCGUACGCCUCGGUGAUCUCCGGGGCCCCACCGACAACCUACACUCCGGCGGCUCCCGGCCCUGAGGUGAGGCCUGAGGAUGAGUUUAGCGUCAUACUGGCCGGAGUCAGACAGACCUGUUACAGCAACUAGAACUGAUGAUUAGACUAUAAGGACUUCUAAUUAGCCCAAAGAGAUCUUGUAUGUCGAUAAUGUAUCUGUAAUAAAUAGGGAACCAAUUUGUGAAGAUUGAGAUGUUUUAGGUGAUGUGCUAGGUGAAUAUCACUUAGAAAAUAACGAAGAAAAUAAAAAAAGAUCAAUUCCACGAGCAAAUGUACUGAACACAUGAAAUAUUGUUUGUUGUAUUUAAGGAAACGCAGAAGCUAGAUUUUGGUAUACAAAAUGUUUUCUAUUAAAUGUUGGUAAAAAUAAUGAACCCACGUGAUGGACAUUCAGGAGAAAUGUUGUCAUGACACUAAAUUGACCUUCCUAGUAGACGAUGCCCAGUGAGCAGAAACUGAAACUAGACUAGAAGACCACGGGAAUCUUUCAAACUAAGCGUUUUCAUACUUUACAACAGACAUAACUUUAGGUCACGACUACAUCCCAGUUGGUAGUCCCCACACCUCAGUAAGUACCCACACCUCGCCGAGCUUUCUGUUAGACCAACGUGAUAGGCGGUGAGCCGUAUCGCCGACUAUAACGGUCGAGCUAACUCUAUUAGUGAAAACUGCACUUAAGAUAAAUUUGUAAGUCAUUGGUGCAAGUCUGGUACCGGGACGUAGGAUAAAGAAUAAUACUACGUAAAGAGAGACAACUUUCCGCUCCCCACCAGCGGUUGAGCUAGGUUUACCUCACCCCCUCGGUCUUAGUUUUGUCUUAAAUUUUAUGGUCGUCAGACGUCACGCGUACACACGUGUAGUGUCUGUGUAAAACUAGGUGUUUUGUAUUAAAUGUCUUUGGUGUGACCGGGGUUUGAACCGGCGCUGCCCCGAUUGAGAAGCAAGCCGAUGUACCAUACGACCACAGUGACUACAACAGACAUGGUUUAUAACCUAAAACGUACUUAACUAAUACGGUAAAAUGUGUAUCAAAAGCUACCUGUGAAUAUUUAUUAGAGAAACUGAUUCUGAAAUUGAUACUGAAGGCCCCGGCCUUAGUCAAGUUGCAAAAAAUUAUGGCAAUCAACAGUGAGAGUGAUAAAAAUACAGGCUGUCGUAACGAAAACUGAGAGAUGAUUCAGACCACAAUUCUGAGUUGAUGUCAUCCCCCUCAGUAUUCGUUACGGUGUCACUAACACUCAUACCUACUUGUAUGGCUACUGUAUGUACUUGUACGGGGUGUAAGUGACAUCGUAACGAAUACUGAGGGGGAUGAUUCAGCUGAUUAUUCUGAGUGAUUAUCAAGUGGAAUUUUCUAU